AUGUUGCCACCUGGAGGAUCAAUGGAGAUUGUUUUCUCUUUUGAUACAACUGGAUCCAUGGGGGAGUGUCUCGUUGAGGCCACAAACAAUAUUCAGACUAUAGUGAAGCGACUUCAAACUGACAUACCUGGAAUUAGAAUGGCAGUGUUUGCUCAUGCUGAUUACUGCAACCAUAAUGACUAUGUAACGAAAUACAUUGAUUUUACAACCGACAUAACAAAAAUCACCGACUUUGUAAAAGAAGCCGCAAGGCCUACAGGUGGCGGUGAUUUAGAUGAGUGUUAUGAACUGGUAUUAAGACAAGUGAGAGAAGAAUUAUCAUGGACACCAGGGUCUAAGAGAUCGCUGGUCUUAAUUGGUGAUGCCAAUCCCCAUGAACCAAAUUAUCGAAAUAACACCCUUAACAUAAAUUGGAGGGACGAAGCUGAUCAUCUUGGAAAAAUGGGAGUAAAGAUAUAUGCAACUGAAUGUCGUCCAAACAGUUUUAACAAAUCUUCAAAGUUCUACAAAACGUUAGCGGGGAAAACUGGUGGCCAUCAUUUACAAUUACAAGACUUCUCCAAUAUUUUUGAUUUUUUGAUGGCAGUAGCAUACCGAGAAGAAGGAGAUGAGCUGUUUCUUAAUUAUGAAAGUGAAGUGAGAGAACGGCGUGGGGCAAUGUUAGAUAAUGAUUUAGACACCUUAUUUACAAAAUUAAGACGUGAUGACACUUUUACCUUACCCGAUAGUACAGACACGUCUUGUGAAGUUAGAAAAGCUAGGAAAAGAAAAGGGGAUACAUCCACGGGAAAGGUGAAAACGGCUAAAAAAGUAAAACUGGCGAUUACGACACCUUAUAAGAAAUCAACAGCAGAAACUCGUAGAAAUAUAAAAAAGUUUGGUAUUUUACAGAAUAAAGCUGACACGUCUCUUUUGAGGAGAGAAAUGGUUCCUGAAAAUAAUUUCAUCCUCAACGACAAGAACUGGUCGCAAUGGCAAAAAGUUAUUUGCAAAGACAAUUCUUUAUCUAGUAAUAAUAAUUGGUCGUAUAAUGGUGAACACUACAAGAAGAAAAUUGUUUUCCCUACACAUCCCGAGAAACCCGCUAUGUUUGAAUUUGCGGUGCAGACGAAGCCUAGAGCAAGACGUUACGUGGUGUACAAUAAAAUGGCACAUCGUAUAACAGAAAGGUGGUGGAAUAGAUUGUUUUGUGAAAGUGAUAUUAAAUCUCAAAUUCGUAGUAUUACUAACAGAGGUUACUCACUAUUUGUUAGAAGACUAUUGUUAGAAUCCGAUAAAAAACAGAGAGAGACAAUACAAGCUUUAAGACGUUAUGACUAUUCUUGGAGAAAAGUGCGGAAUCAAAGAAUUCACCAUAGACAUGUUGCAAUCGGAUCUCAAAUCAUUUCAGACGGCUCUCUUUGA